CCGGAAGUGGAGCGGCGAGGGUUGCUGGGCGUCUCCAGGCGGAAGUGGAGCUGCCGGGAAGAGGCGAGCUGGGCUGAGGUGGUGAGAGAUGACAGACCUGCAGACCCUAGUGGAGCGGUUGGAGAAAGCUGUGGGGCGCUUGGAGGUGGUGUCUCACGGCCCUAGCAUGCACGGCGGCUACGGAGAGAGUUCUCAGAAAGGAGUAGCUGAGUAUGUGCAAGCUUUUGACUCUCUCUUGGCUGGUCCAGUAGCCGAAUACAUGAAGAUAAGCAAAGAAAUUGGCGGUGAUGUCCAGAUACACGCUGAGAUGGUACACUCAGGAUUGAUAACGGAGCGAGCGCUUCUGGUGAAGGCAUCUCAGUGCCAGCAACCAGCGGCAAACAACUUCUCAUCCCUGCUAAAGCCGAUCUCAGAUCAGAUCCAGGUGGUCCAGAGCUUCCGGGAGAAGAACCGCGGCAGCAAACUGUUCAAUCACCUCUCGGCUGUUAGCGAGAGCAUCCCUGCGCUAGGCUGGGUUGCCAUGGCUCCCAAACCAGGACCCUACGUGAAGGAGAUGACGGAUGCGGCCAUGUUUUACAGCAAUCGCGUCCUCAAGGAAUAUAAAGAUGUAGAUAAGAAGCAUGUAGACUGGGUGAAAGCUUAUUUGAGCAUCUGGACAGAGCUGCAGGCGUACAUUAAGGAGUAUCAUACCACUGGGCUGACCUGGAGCAAAACGGGACCUAUAGCAACUGAUGGGGGGACUCCAGGUACUUCUCCUCCUCCUUGCGGUAUCCCACCACCUCCACCACCUGGGCCGCCAGCUCCUACUUUCAUGAAUUCUGGUUCGGAUGAUUCUGUGUCCCGCUCCGCGCUCUUUGCCCAAAUCAACCAGGGAGAAGCCAUCACGUCUGGCUUGAAGCACGUGUCCGAUGCCAUGAAGACUCACAAGAACCCGGCGCUGAAGAACCAAGGCGGCCCAGUGCGGACAGGACCGAAACCCUUCACGGCUCCCAAGCCCUCCAGCGCUACCAGUCCCUCCCAGAAACCAGCCCCAAGGAAGGAGCCUCCUGUGCUGGAGCUGGAAGGCAAGAAAUGGAGAGUGGAAAACCAAGAGAAUGCCUCCAAAUUGGUAAUCAGCGACACUGAACUGAAGCAGGUGGCCUACGUCUACAAGUGCGUGAACAGCACACUCCACGUCAAAGGCAAGAUCAACUCCAUCACACUGGAUAACUGCAAGAAGUUGGGACUGGUGUUUGAUGAUGUUGUGGGCAUCGUUGAGAUUAUAAACAGCCGAGACGUCCAAGUACAGGUAUUGGGUAAAGUGCCAACCAUAUCCAUCAACAAGACGGAUGGAUGUCAUGUCUACCUGAGCAAGAACUCCCUAGACUGCGAGAUCGUCAGUGCCAAGUCUUCAGAGAUGAACGUUCUCAUUCCCACAGACAGCGGCGACUUUAACGAGUUCCCAAUCCCCGAGCAAUUCAAGACGCUGUGGAACGGGCAGAAACUAGUCACCACAGUGACGGAAAUAGCUGGAUAAGCUGACCUGGCUCGUGACUCCCUCUACUUACCCCACCUCUACUGUGGGACAAAUCUGCUUUUGGGGAAUAACUUUUUAGAUUUCUUGUACCUUCCGUUCCCCCCUCAAUCUGCUUCUGUCCUACCUGAGAGACAUCUGCCUGCCUUCACUGAAAAUUACCUCAGGGUGGGAUUUGGGGUGGGGUGUGGCAGGACUGUUUGAUUCUGGUUAUUGAUCAGUGGGGGAAGGUGUGGCAUCCCCCCCUCCCCACAUCAGACCAAACUGCGUCACCAAUCAAUCUUGAUUUGUCUGAUCUUUCUUUUUUCAUUGACUUUGGAGCCAGUACAAUGGUUGGCUUUCAGAGGCCUUUUCAUUUAAGAGAUUUUACUUUCCCUCUUGGAAUACAACAUGUAUCAGGGUAUAGAGUCCCAGUGCUGUGUGCAUUUAAAAGUGUCUCUGGCGAGUGUGUUUUGGGGGAAAGCUUACAAGGAAACAAGACUAAAUCUUGCUAUUCUAAUCAGGGGUGUUCCAAGAUUCCAGGAAUGGCUUUGCUGGACCAAAGGCUGAAAAAUGGGAUGUGCAGCAUUCCUUCUUCCCUGAUAUUUUCCCUUUCCUAUGUGCUCAGUGUAAAAAAAUUCUGUGUUGUGCCAUGAUGUUGGGGUAGACCUCUCGGUUACAGGUGCCACAAGAUCACAUCAGAACAGACCCUCCUCCUGGGCGGUCUGGCCAGCAACUAGAAAGCUGCUGCUAAUCCACUUCCAUUCAAGCCCCCAUGGGAAAGUUGUGCCCAAAGGGUUCCUCUUCUGAGCAACUGGACAGUCGUAUGUUCAGACUUCCAGGAUGGUUUUUUCUCAAUACCCACCUCUCUCUCACACUUGGGAGGGUUGAGUGUUUGUUCCCCUUCCGGUAUUUAAUGAUUUGUAAGCACACAGUUAUUGCAAUCAGUUGUGUAGUUAAUUGAAAUUUGAUUUACACUGUAGAAUCUGGAAGAUUUGUGUCCUCUUCCCCCCACCCAGGCUUUCUGUUUUUUUUUUCCCACUCGACUUCCUCCUCUCUGCAGAAAGAUGACGUGUUAGCAGGAGCACCGCAGCAGGUGCACUAAGGCACUGUAGGCAUGGUACUGUAUUGGCAGCAAAAGGGAGCUGGCUGUAUGCUUGACUCCCGGUGUCUUUUGAUAGCAUAUCUUGUUUCUUCUCUUGCCACAUUAAGUUCACUUUUUUCACUGAAAUGGAACUUACAAAAGAUAUGCAAUCUUUUCUUAUUUUGAGACUGUCCUGUGACUUGUACUUCUCUCCUGAGGCUUGUGGAAAUAAAAUAAAACCUUUCUUAUGUACUUAAAAAUUAUACUGAAGAUAGAAUAAAGUUAAUACCAAGUUGCUCAUUGAAA